AGUGAGGAAAGACAUAGGGGAGGAGAGGGAAGCAUGUUGGACCAGUGACAAAUCUGUCCCUGGGUUCGACCAAGAGCUGAACACAAAAAAAUUAUACUUCCUUAAGAAAAUCUGUCACUAUCUGAACAACAACAAAACAAGGAACCAUCAUUUCCCCCUUUUUUUACGCACUGGAUUAUCGCUUCAUAACGGAACUGGAGGACUUCUCUGUUUUAUAAUUCACCACAUAUCUUAUUCUGUGGUUUUAUUCUUUUCUUUUUUUAAGAGUUGGGAUUUAUCCUCUUUUUGCUCCUCGGGAUAUGAGUGAGAGCGGCGCGGCUGACAGCGGCAGCAGUUGAUGAGAAAACCCCGAGAGGCGACAGAAACGUGCUCAAUGCAUCUUCCUCAGAGGGUCUGAAGAGGAGGAGGCACCCUGAGGAGCAGCCGAGACUUUUCAUUUUAUUUAUUCUUUAUUUAUUAUGUAUUUAUUUAAUAUGGGGCGCGUCAUCCUGCUGACUCUCGCCGUCAUGUCCAUGUUGCUGUGCCAGGGGUUUUGUUCGGGAGUGUUUGAGCUGAAGUUGCAGGAGUUCCUAAACAAGAAGGGAGUGCAGGGCAACAAGAACUGUUGUAAGGGAGGUCUGACCUCAGCCUUCCAGCAGCAGUGCGAAUGUAAAACCUUCUUCAGGAUCUGUCUCAAGCACUAUCAGCCCAACGCCUCCCCGGAGCCUCCGUGCACCUACGGCGGCGCCGUGACGCCAGUCCUCGGCUCCAACUCCUUCCAGGUUCCCGAUGUCAUCCCGGAGAGUUCAUUCACCAACCCCGUCAGGAUAAACUUCGGCUUCACGUGGCCGGGGACCUUCUCGCUGAUCAUUGAGGCAUUACACACCGACUCCAGAGACGACCUCUCCACAGAGAACCCAGACCGCAUCAUCAGCACCAUGACCAUCCAGAGGCAUCUCACCGUGGGCGAGGACUGGUCCCAAAACCUGCAACCUGGCGGCAAGACGGAGCUCAAGUACUCGUACCGGUUCGUGUGCGAUGAGCACUACUACGGGGACGGCUGCUCGGUGUUCUGCCGGCCGAGAGACGACGCCUUCGGACACUUUACCUGCGGAGAGCGCGGGGAGAUCGUGUGCGACGCCGGGUGGAAGGGACAGUACUGCACAGAAC